GCCUAUCCUAAGUACCAGUAGCUAGCUAGCUAGCUCCAGUCUCUAUCCUCAACCUACAGGAUGCAAAGGUUGACUUGCACAUAAUCUAUCUUGGCACACAACAAGCAAAAGCGAAAGAUAAAAAAAGAGGCAUUAGCAAUCACUUUUCCAACAAUCUAAACUUACAAACUAACUUUCAAUUUAUCCACCAUGACGCCCACUGCCGCCAACAAUGCGUCCUUUCCUGUGAUGGUCCACAAGAUGCUGACUGACAUUGAUGACUUGACCAAGAACGACCCCAAUGAAAAGAUCAGCCAUAUCAUCUCUUGGCAACCUCAUGGCCGCGCCUUCAAGAUCCAUGACAGGGAAAAGUUCGCCACUGUGGCCAUGCCCAUUUGGUUCAUGAGGCUCAAGUAUUCCAGCUGGGUCCGCCAGUUGAACCAGUAUGGAUUCAAAAAGAUCCAAGACGGUCCUGAUCGUGGUGCUCUCUACCAUGACGACUUUCUGCGAGGUGAUCUCGAGCUCGCUCAGAGCAUUGGCAAAGCUAAGCGCAAGUCCAAGAGUGACUCGUCCAAUAGCUUGACGGGCCUUGCUGCCACUACUUCUGCGGCUGCGAGCAAAGCCAACCCAGUGUCACCCACCCAUGUCAAGCCAGUGUCAAGAACGGUCUCUGCACCCGCCAUCGCCCCAAGCAGCAUGAUGAUCCCAUCCUUGUCGAGAACGCAAAGCUACCUGGAGGGAAGGAUGGCGGCAGGCCAUGCUCAGCCCACUAUGACCUGCUCCAUGCCCUCCUCCGUACCGGAUCAUGCUGCCAUGUACCCUGGCAUGCAGCAGCAUCCCGGUCGUUUCCAUCAUUCCGUUCCUACCAUGAUCCCACAACAACAAAUGGGAGCAGGUGAACAGUCUGCUUGUACGAGCAGUGCUUUGGUCAACAUGGUCAUGCCGGCAUUCAAAAUGGACCCCACUCGCUUUUCCCAGAACUUGGACGUGGACUUUCCAGCCCAAGUCCAGGAGUUUUCUUCCAUGUGGGAUCUUGAGCCACUGAACUUUGACAGCUCGACACCACUCGACGAACAAGCCAAUCUCUUUGACAAUUUGUUUGCCUAACUAACCAAGGCAACAUACAUUCGUCGGCCCCUUUGCUGAUUGUUUCUACCGUGCUUACCAUUCCGCACAAAUCCUUCGCUCCAGCCAUGCACAUCCACUUCCUGGAUUCAUCAAUGCCUCGUUCUUCCUUCCUGAGGAUGACAUACCAUGUAUACACCGCCCUAACGUCUCUUCUUUCUCCUCUAUGGACAUAAUCCUGCUCCUACAUCUAAUACUAAGAAUAAAGUUGCCU